CGUCUGUAACCUUGCUCUCUAUAUAAAGACGCGCCGUUUCAUCAAUCUAUGCAGAUUUGCUGAGAGAAAGCGAACCAUUGCGAAGCAGAUAGCAGAAAAAAAAAAAUGAAAGUGAUACUUGGUGUUGUUCUGAUGUUUGUGGUUACACAUGGUUUAGAUCAGCUAAUUAGGGGUUACGAAAAAAGUGUACAACAAAAUGAAUUAGUAGCUGCUAUUCCUGUAUUGGCUAAGUCAUACAAAAUAUCGUUUGAUUUAAAACCCAAGUCGUACUCAUAUGGUCUUCAUAAUGUUAUUCAAUUCACCGUUGGUCAUUAUAUGAGUAAAUAUAGAAAUAGCACUCCGGCACUUUCGUUUCAAGAGGAUAAACAUAACCGUACAGAAUUUCGGAUUGUUACAUCUAUAAAUGAAAAUCCUAACAGACAAGUAUAUAUCGAUGAACUUCCACUCAAUGAAUGGACCAAAGUUGUUAUUAUUCAACAACGUAUAAAAAACAACAAAUAUGUUUUCACAAUCGAUCUAAAUGGAACAAAUGUACUUAAUGAAGAGAACAAUAAACCGCAAAAAUUUUACAAUGUCAAAGUUUUUGUUUCAGAUCCUUUGCAUCUAUCUCAUAAUGGGUUAAUACGAAAUCUAAAUCUUGAAAAUGGGGAACCAGGUAAAUCAUUAGCGAAAGCUCUAGAGACAAGAGACAAUGUGGAUAAUUAUGACGUAGUGAAACUGAAAAAAAAUAACUUGGUUGCGAGUUUGUCAAGUUUAGAAAAAUCAUUUGAUAUUAGUUUCGACUUAAAACUUAACAGCUUUUCAGAUGGAUAUAGAAGUGUCAUUCAUUUGACAAUGGGAGAAAAUGAUUUAAUAUACGGUGAUCGAGUUCCUGGCGUUUGGAUUUUUAAUAAAAAGUUACACGUUGUUUUUAUACCUUAUCGUAAUUUUGAAUCUGAGCCACUUUCACUAAACAAGUGGAUAAAUGUUCAAAUAAAUCAAACUGUUGAAUCAGAGAAAGCUUAUUUUAAAGUAUAUAUUAAUCACAAAAAAGUAUAUGAAGGACAAAACUAUUUGGCACGAAGAUUUGCUAAUAUCGACGUAUACGCUGGAGAUCCAUGGUAUGACUCCCAGGAUGGCUUCAUCAAAAACUUCGAAGUCUGGAAUCGCGUUCAGAAUGUUGAAUCGAAAAAAAGUUUGAAAAAGGACGCCAAACGAAAAAAGGCGUUUGGAUACAAACUUUAAAUUGUUACAACGACUUUAUUUCUGUUUCGAAUAUGUAUUUUUUAUUUAAAAAUAUAUCUUUCAAAUCGUA